AGUAGUAGUUUAUUACUCGCAGAACACCUGAGUAAAAAGGUUGUCAAGUCCGCGUCCCGAUUGCGAAAUAACCAGAGAGAAAGGCUCGCACAGUGACGAAAACGAAUAAGACGCUUGCAUAAUGAAAAUCUGGACUUCGGAGCAUGUGUUUAACCAUCCUUGGGAGACGGUUACACAGGCGGCGUGGCGCAAAUAUCCAAACCCGAUGACACCUUCAAUCAUUGGCACCGAUGUUGUGGAGCGCAAAGUGGUCGACGGUGUGCUGCACACACAUCGACUUGUCCAGUCCAAAUGGUAUUUUCCCAAGUGGACACACGCGCUGAUUGGAACCGCCAAGUCGUGCUUUGCCAGCGAACGCUCCACAGUGGAUCCGCAGCGCAAACAAAUGGUUUUGAAAACAAACAAUCUCACAUUCUGUCGAAAUAUAAGCGUCGACGAGGUGUUGUACUAUGAGCCACAUCCUGCAGAUUCAGCAAAGACAAUGCUCCGACAGGAGGCGACAGUAACUGUCUAUGGAGUGCCACUAUCCCACUACAUGGAAGACUUGCUGACGAACACAAUUAGCGCGAACGCGGGUAAGGGACGUCAGGGCUUGGAAUGGGUCAUUGGACUGAUCAACACAGAGGUCAAAGGCAUUGCCGAGUCCGCGGCGCGGGGCACAGACGAACUGAUACACAGUACACGGCGAUCGAUCGAUGAAGUCACAGAGAGCGCCCGCAAAAGUAUGGAUGAAAUCAGUGUGCAGGCAACCAAAGCGGCAAAAGCAAUGCACAUAACAUAGAUACGUAUCCAGUGUUAGUGAAUCUUAGCAGUUUUAGAGUUCGCAUCGGUACGCUACUUUGUAGCACAACAUUAACGACAGCAAGCAUAACAACAACAAAACAUAGAUAAACCAUAAUCAAUUACAAUAUUCACUUGCAAUUGCAAACGAUUUGUUCGACUGCUUUGAGAUAUAUAUAUAUUUAUAUAUUUUGUAAAUCAAUUUCAACACAACACAAAAAAGGAACAAAAAAAACUCCCAUGAUUAUCAGUUUGGCUGUGUUGCCAAUUGACGUGUGCUUCAGAUAGGGUCAGAAUCCAACGUAAAAAAUCCGAUAAGGCGGCAAGGAAAUAUUAACAACAUCGGCAGAAGCAGGAGUAGCAAUGUUAUUUAUUCAUAAUUCAAAUAUAGUUUGUAUACUCGAAAAGUAAACGAAAAAUGAGCUGCAAAUAAAAUAAUGCUCAAGAAAACUA